ACGUGACGUCACCGGGACGAACGAAACGGCGUGCAUGCUUAUGCACCGCUGCCGCAAAGCCCACGUAGCGUGUCGUAAAAAAAACAAAACCUACAAAAAACACCAUCCUGUUUUGAAGUUAACGGCCAUAACCGUUAAAAACCGCCGGUAACGGUCACAUUUAACGGCUUCAAGCAUGUAAACAAUCGAGCUGGCUGCAUCUGAGGCUCCGAGGUUGCCCUGGAGAUGAGUUGAUCUGCAGCAAAAACAAAAGCUCGGAGAUGGCAACAUACAACCCAGAAGGACAUUCUGUCGUGGUGGAGGUGAGCCCAGACAUUCACAUCUGCGGCUUCUGCAAGCAGCAGUACAACAACUUUGAAGUCUUCCUGGCUCAUAAGCAAAAUGGAUGCUCCUUACCGAGCUCCAACACAUCAGCCACCAACAACACCACCACUGCUGCUGCUGCAACAGCUGCUCUCACAGAUUCCAGCACCGAGUUUGUUUUCGAGGAAACCUACCAGACCUGCGUGAUGAGAGGUGUGAAAAAGAUCCUGACCAAAGCACAGAAAACACCUUCCAAAAAAUUAAAACCUGCUCUGACUUCAAAGAGACACAGCUGCUGUUUCUCAGGUUGCACUUUUAAGACACAGUAUGGCCAAAAAGACAUGGAGCGACAUCUCAAAACUCACACCGGUGAGAAGCCGUUCGAGUGCGAGCUGUGCCACAAGCGCUUCAGUCGACGGGACAAGCUCAACAUGCACAGCCGCUCGCACACGGGCGAGAAACCGCACAAGUGUAAACACUGUCCCUACGCGGCGGCGGACAGCAGCAGUCUGAAGAAGCACCUGCGCAUCCACUACGACGAACGGCCUUUUAAAUGCCAGAUAUGUCCUUACGCCAGCCGCAACUCGAGCCAGCUCACCGUGCACCUCCGCUCGCACACCGGGGAUGCACCUUUCCAGUGCCAACAGUGCGAUGCAAAGUUCAAAAUCAACUCCGACCUGAAGAGGCACAUCCGGAUUCACUCCGGCGAGAAGCCUUACAAGUGUGACUUUUGUGAAUACCGCUGCGCCAUGAAGGGCAACCUGAAAUCUCACAUUCAGAUCAAACACGGCACUGAGAACUCCUUCCACUGCGUGCACUGCGAUUUCCAGUGCGCCAACAAGACCGCCCUGCGGCAACACUCGCGAGAGCACCAACCGACUCAGCCCAUCCAGUGUUCCAAGUGCACUUACUCCUGCUCCAGCAAGGGGGCGCUCAAAGUCCACGAGAGGAUCCACUCGGAGGAGAGGCCUUUCAAAUGCGACUUCUGCAACUUCGCCUCCAAGCAGCGCAGCAACCUCGUCAUCCACAAAAAGAAGUGCCACUCGGAUAAGCCCGAAAAGGGCAGCGGUGGGAAAGGUGGCAGAGGCGGAGGGAAGAGCGGAGGGAGUGACUCUCCGAAGCCCGUCGGCUCCAGAUAUCGGGCCAAGCUGGAUGCAGCUCGAGCUUUCUGCUGUGACUCGUGCGAUGCCUGCUUCGUGAGGGAGGACUCGUUGCGUAGCCACAAGAAGCAACACAGAGACGCCCAGAAUGUGCUGCAGCUCCAGCUCUCCACCCCAGUCGAUGCCGUCAACUUGGUUCCCGUCACGACGUCACAGAGCGGCGCCCAGCUUGAAGUUCCCAUCCCGUCUGACUCGAUGGCUCCUUACAGCAGUGCACAGCUCAAAAUCAUCGUAUCUCACCCUCUGGGCCAGGAGAACCCCUUAAUUCCAGCUAGUGUGGAUAGUCAGAAGACCAACAUGGUCCUGCUAAGCCCAGAAAGUCAGGACAUGGUAGUCAACUCCAUGAUCCAACAGGUCAACCUGCUAGCGCCUAUGCAACCCCUCGUGUCGUCCCAGACUGCAGAAGCCACCCUCGAACCCCAGACGGUCCUGCUGACACAGCUCAGCCCCGACGACGCCAACAACCCGCUCCACCAGGCCCUGCUGCAGACCGCCAUAACCGCUCAGGACUCCGGCAGCGGCACGCAGACUUUCAUCACCACCUGCUCUGAGCUGGAGGGCCUCAACGCCUUGAUCCAGGAGGGCGGCACCGAGGUCACGGUCGUGACGGAAGGCAACACCGCCAUGGUCGCCGCAGCAGCUCCACCGGACAUGGUGUGCGGCCCGUCGGAGGACAUGUCCUCCAAGCCGGUCACGGUGGAGGAGAGUGCCUUAGCCUGCGACGAAAGCGCGUUACUGGUGCCAAACAUCAGCCUGGGCAGCCAGAAUGUGGUCAUCCACGGCGUCCCACUGAUAGUGUCCACUCAGCCACAGCAGACUGAAAUAGAGCAGCUCUCCCCUCACACACUCUAUGCAGAUUCACACACGCUGGAAGGAAUCCCACAAUGAGUGAAGGGUGUGUUUUUCUAAAACAAAACAAAAAA